CUCCGACAGUCGGAGUGUUGGUGUGUUUGCAGAAAUGCACCGGACACAGGCGAGGACGGCGAAGGGCGGUGAUGGGAAGGAGAAGGUGGAAGAGGAGGCGGUGCAGCUGCGGAGGAAGAUCGGCCUGCUGCCGGCCAUAUCCUUCAUCGUCGGGACAGUGGUGGGCAGUGGCAUCUUCAUCUCACCCAAGGGAGUCCUGAUGAACAGCGGGAGUGUGGGUCUGUCUCUGCUGGUGUGGGCGCUGAGUGGAAUCAUCUCGUUGUUCGGAGCUUUGUGUUUCGCUGAACUGGGAACCACGUUUACAAAGUCAGGAGGCCAGUACACGUAUCUGCUGGAGCUACUGGGGCCGGUGCCUGCCUUCCUACGACUCUGGGCAGAUUUCAUAUUCAUCAGACCAGCUGUGAUUGCCUACGGGUCCCUGGCGUUUGGCCGCUACAUCGUGGAGCCGUUCUUUGCGCCAUGUGCUGCUCCUACGGUGCUCAUCAAACUCGUCGGUGUCCUCGGAGUGACAUUCGUCAUAGCAGUCAACAGCUGGAGUGUGACCUUGACCUCUCGCAUCCAGGUCUUCUUGACUGCUGUUAAAAUGUUUGCUGUGGUCCUCAUCAUCGUCCCCGGCUUGAUUGCCUUGGGGAAAGGAAAGACGGAAAAUUUCCAGAAUGACCUCGAAGCCGAGUUGUUGACGUUGACUAAGUUGCCACUCGCGUUCUAUAAUGGUCUCUAUGCCUAUGGUGGAUGGUUUUAUCUGAACUGCGUCACAGAGGAGGUCAUUAACCCAAACAGAAUCAUCCCUCUGGCUAUCAUUUUCUCCAUGGUGACAGUGACAGUUCUUUAUGUGCUUAUUAAUGUGGCGUACUACACCGUGAUGACACCUGCUCAACUCUUGAUGUCUGACGCAGUGGCUGUGACGUUUGCUAACCAAUCCAUCCAGUCGUUUGCGCCCGUGAUUCCGGUUCUUGUGGCCCUGUCGUGCCUCGGGGCGCUCAACGGUGGCACGUUUGGAUCACCCAGGGUGUUAUUUGUGGCAGGCAGGGAAGGCCACUGGCCGGCAAUCUUUUCCAUGAUCCACAUCCGUAGACGCACUCCUUUGCCUGCUGUACUGUUUCAGUUCCCCUUUGCAGUGGUGAUGAUCUUGAAAGGUGAAAUCUACCAGCUUUUGAACUUUGCCUCCUUUUCUCGCUGGUUCUUCAUCGCCUUGUCAACGUUGGGAAUGCUCAUUCAUCGCUAUCGAUUCCCUGACCUCCCAAGACCUUUCAAGGUUCCCGUGGUCAUCACAGUCACCUUCACGGUGGUUUCUUUCUUCAUUGUGGGCAUGUCUCUAUACUCGGACCUCUUCAACACAGGCUGCAGCUUGGCUCUCACACUCUCCGGACUCCCAGUUUACUAUGUGACCAUCCACCGCCCCUGCUUGCCCAAAAGAUUUACACGCACAUUCAACUACUGCAGCAAGAAGCUCCAGAUCCUUCUAGAAGUGGCUCAACAAGAAGUCCAAACAUACUGAAGACACCAAAGACACCCGUCAAAACCUUGAUGCAUUUUUUAUGUCCAGUAACCUUGUGUUUGAAGUAUAAUACGCCUCAACAACUGUCUUGAACCUUUCAGAAGUUCUGCUUUUUGGUGGGUUGUGGCCAAAAGUGGGUUGCGGCCAAAAGUGGGACCAAAAAUGAGUGGGUAGCAGAACUGGACUGUUCUUACUCUGCUCUGCAUAUGGCACUUAUCCACAGUAUACAGUUGUUAAAUAAACAUAAGGAGUUUAAAAAAUGUGGAUUGCAACUUAACCACUGGAUUAGUAAACAUGAUAUUCCAGCUCUUGUGACAACACAGAUUUAAGUGAUUUGGAAGAGUCCUGACACUACUUACUUACUACCUGGGCUUAUUCAUUUUAAGUUUUUCAUAGUGUGUAAAGAAAAAACAUUUGCUCAAUAACUAAACUGCUCAAUAGAUUUUCAUCACAACACUAGGUGUGAAUCUUUCAGAAUCUCAUAAUUUGGUAGAGAGUUCAGGUAGAAAUUCUUGUAAUCAUAAUAAUCUGUGUCUCUUUAAAAUGAUAAA